AUGCUCGUGCUGGCGAGUGAUGGGCUGUGGGACUUUGUCAACGAGCAGGAGGUCGCGGCCGUGGUCGUCCAGGGUGGGGAGCUUGAACCCAUGGCCACCGCGCUCGUGGACUUGGCCGUGAAGAGGGGCAGUAAGGAUGAUACUAGUGUCGUCUUGGUUAGACUAGGCCUGUAAUAUUAUUGAUGGGAUAAAAAGCUUUUGGAG